UUCGCGCUUAGCAACAGUCGGUGAAAAGAAAAGGUGAACGAGUUCGUGCUUUCCUCAUUUAAAUGCGAGUUCAGUGAGUCUUUGAAGGCAAUUUACAGGCUGUAGAACUGUGUUUACCGGUUUCCGACACGUGUUUUUACUUAUUUUUUCGCGUUUUAUUCAUUCUCUCACGUUUAAAAUGUUUGCGUAUACAGCGCUACACUCUCUCUCUCUCUCUCUCUCUCUCUCUCAACCACACACACACAUCCUCUAUAUGAAUAAGUGUGUGUGUGAGAGAGAUACUCAGUCUCCAGUUCCCGACGAAUGCUUUCACUUUCGCUUUAUUUUUUCUUCAUUCGCGGCGACAUGUUGUAGGAUAAAGUGAUGCUUUCUGAAUGUCGCGACAUCAACAGAAACUGCGACCAUGUUCGGAUUCAGUCAGCUGGCAGCCACUUCUGCAUGAGUAGAAGUGAUGGAGACACUGCUCAACGCAGUCCGGAGUCUGUCUUAGAAUGGUCCAGCACAAUGAUCCUCCUGACCAUGCAGCUGCGCCACAGGGACCACCUCAGCCCACUGAGGUCCCCCCUGCAUCCUCCGCUCCGCAAACACACUUCCACCCGUUUCGCCACCAGCGGGACCGGAACCUCAUCACACAGGCCGCUGACUAUCUGGCCAGGAGUGGAUUUUACUGGGGUCCUCUGGACGUGGACGAGGCACACGCCCGCCUGGCCAGCCUUCCCGUCGGGACCUUCCUGAUCAGGGACAGCACCCAGACAGACAUUUUCUUCACCCUGAGCUACCGAGCAGAGGACGGGCCCACCAGUGUACGAGUGCUGCUGAAAAACGGGACGUUCAGCCUGGACGGGAGCAAGCAUUCCUUCCCCUGCAUCUUUUCCCUCCUGGACUUUUACAUCACGUCCCCCAAGAAGAGCCUGAAAAGGCCCUACCGGGGAGACGCUCCCCAGACCCUCCAGGACCUGUCCAGGAGGGCCGUGGUACGGACGUACGGCAGGGACAGCAUUGACAGACUGCCUGUGAGCUCUGGGCUCAAAGACUUUGUGAACUCGUAUCCUUUCUCCAUAUAACAGGCACAUGCUGUCAACUUGCACAUGUUGACAAAGAGACUUUUGACCCUUGAGGAUUUCAUUGCAGCUAUUCGGUAGGCUCGCCGCCAGGGACAGCACUUUGGGUGUGAGUGGACGUUCAAGGAUUUAUCAGUACUGUUACCAUCAAGUGCACUACUACAGAGCUCUGUUUUCUGUAUGUGAUGCUUUUUCUGCUGUGCAGAAAAUGUUUGGUUCAUUUCAGAAAAUAACUGUAAAAUAUAAGGACUAUGAGGACAUAGGAAACAACACAACAAAUCUUUUUUAUAGUUUAUUUUGCAACUUCUGUACAACGCAAAAGAGAGUUUAGUGUACGACCAGUACCGAGAUUUUAAAAGUUGUAACAUUUAAUAAGUUCAUAUUAGAUGUCUGGGUUUGAGUCAGUACAAAAUAAACAGCAAUUCUUUCAUCUAAUUUUCAAACUACUUGUUAAACAUAGGCAUCUGGUUAUAAUUAUACAAGAGUCAUCGCUAUUUUCAAAGCAGGUGGUCAAAGUAGCAAGUGUUUCUCAGUUUGCAUUAAUUAUUGACUACCAAACGAGUUUAAUACAGCCGAAACUUCUAUUUAUCUGAUGUAUUUGAAUGUUGUGAGUUUCUACAGCAAAAGCGUGUCGUUUUGCAAGGUUUUGUCUGUAUUGUUUUGCUGAGGAGGUAUUAAACAACUGUUUUCCCACCCCUGUUCCCUCCCCUCUCAUCCAGUAACUCUUCUGAUUACUGGCGCAUUUAGAAGAAACAGAAACAGAAAGUUCAUCUUCUUUAGAACCGCUGACGUGCGAGACAUCCUGAUUUGUUGAUCUUCCCUCUGGCUGGUUCCUUCGAUCCUGAGAAAGACGGGCUGAAUGCUGACGAGUUCAGCUGUCUCUUAUUUAUUUGAAUGGUCUGUGGAGGAGUUUCAUCACCUUAAGCCACAAACUCUUUUGCACUGAAGACUUGUGAGUUUUCAUUUUUUUAAGCAGGUACGCAGCCCCACCUAGUGGAACAUUUCAAACAGCCAGAUCUGAAAAAAAAAAACAAACUGUUACACAUCUGCAUUUGAACAAAUUUGAAUCUCUCACUUUUUAUUAACGUUUGUUUCAAGAUUUCACGAUGAAGGGGCCGAUAGAAAUGCUCCAGCAUUACUUUGGAGUAAAUAGAAUACAUUCUUCUUACAUUAUUAGGUUCUAACCUGUGAAAUUUUCUUUCAUGCAAAGAACAUUUUUUGUAUUGUUGCAACUAAAAAUCUUUAAUUUAUACAGAA